AAUUUUAUGAUGAAAUUAUUAUAUAGAUUUCAUAUAAAACAUGAUUGUGGAAAAUUUUAGUCAAGAUAUUAUAUAAUUGCGAUGAGGAAAUAUUUAACUUUAAAGAUACUUUGAUUAUCUAGAAUCGAAGAGAUAUUAUAUCAGUUACAUGCUUAUAUUAUUUGAUUAUAGAUGUAGUGUAAAAAAACCAAAGAGAUAAUCACAAUUAUUAUAUUGAACUUGGAGAUAAAUACAGUUUAAAAUCAGUGUACUUGCAAUUGUGGAUAUCAAUCAUGGACAAGUGCAAUACUCUGUUACAAUUACAUUUAGAAAGACCUGUCUACGAACACGAGACGUUGAAUCAAAAUUAUGAUUAUGAGAAACUGAAAUCAUCUUUGAUACGAAAUACAAUAAAUGACGUUAAAUCGAAGAAUUGGCAGUCUUGCGUGGCAUCGACAAUACCGGCGAUACAAUGGCUCAGUCAAUACAAUUGGAGGGAGAACAUAUUGUCCGAUAUCAUUUCAGGUCUAACUGUUGCGAUUAUGCAUAUACCGCAAGGUAUGGCCUAUGCACUUCUGGGAAAUCUACCACCAGUAGUCGGCAUAUACAUGGCCUUCUUCCCUGUCUUUAUAUAUUUUCUUUUUGGCACAUCCAGACAUGUUUCUAUAGGAACUUUUGCUGUGGUAUGUCUAAUGACUGGCAAAGUAGUAACGCUUCACUCGAAUCCACAUGCGGAAUUUGCGGGACAUACAUUUGCAAAUGUUUCGGAUACUGUUUCGCAAAAUUUUGAAGAUGUCGCGUCUGUGUAUACACCUAUGCAGGUAGCAACAGCUGUGACAUUAAUGGUCGGGAUAUUUCAGAUAAUAAUGUAUACAUUCCGAUUAGGCAUUGUGACGACAUUACUGAGUGAAACUUUAGUAAAUAGCUUUACAACAGCAGCUGCUGUUUAUGUUUUGAUAUCUCAAAUCAAGGAUCUUCUUGGUUUAAAACUGCCAAAGCAAAAAGGAUAUUUUAAAUUGAUCUUUACUCUUAUAGAUAUAUUUAAAGAAAUACAGAAUACCAACGUAGCUGCUGCAAUAGUAUCGAUUGUAUCAAUAAUCAUUCUUAUUUUCAACAAUGAAUUUUUAAAGCCAAGAGUAAGCAAGAAAUGCAGCAUGCCAAUACCUAUCGAACUCAUUGCAGUGGUUGGUGGAACGUUAGUCUCUCGAUACUGCGAUUUACCAAAGAUUUACAAUAUUGAAACUGUUGGGCAUAUUCCUAUAGGGCUUCCUAAGCCAGAAGUGCCAAGUUUCGAAUUGUUGCCCAUAGUAUUGGUCGACAGUAUUGCGAUAACCAUGGUUUCAUAUACCAUCACAAUAUCAAUGGCGUUAAUAUUUGCGCAAAAACUUAACUAUGAGAUAGAUUCAAAUCAGGAACUUCUUGCAAUGGGCCUUAGUAAUAUAAUGGGUUCCUUCUUUUCGUGUAUGCCGAUAUCAGCGUCCUUGAGUAGAUCUCUUAUCCAACAAACUGUCGGGGGACGCACGCAGCUAGCAAGCGUCAUAUCUUGUUUAUUGUUGCUCAUCAUACUUUUGUGGAUUGGACCGUUUUUUGAACUUUUACCGAGAUGUGUGUUGGCUUCCAUAAUAGUUGUGGCAUUAAAAGGAAUGUUUCAACAAGCCAAUCAGCUUAUUAAAUUUUGGAAAUUGAGCAAAGCUGACGCUAUAAUUUGGGUUGUAACUUUCUUCAUUGUGACGUUGAUAAAUAUUGAUAUUGGAUUACUUGCGGGAUUACUUGUGUCACUAUUCAUUAUUCUACUGCAAGCUAUUCGACCUUACACAUGUUUACUGGGUCAUAUACCGCAUACGGAUUUAUACUUGGAUUUGGGUAGAUACAAAGCGGCUGUAGAAAUACAAGGAAUAAAAAUAUUUCAUUAUUGCGGGACUUUGAAUUUCGCCAAUAAUAACUAUUUCAAGUCGGUUGUGUACAAACUUGUAGGAGUAUGUCCACAAAAAAUAAUGAAAUAAAAAAAAUUAGCUGAAGAAGGUCGCUUCUUAGAUGAUAAAAAACCUGAGAAUUUACACGAAUUGCGGUGCGUAAUCAUGGACAUGAGCGCGCUGACUUACAUCGAUCCGAGUAGCGUUCAAAUACUGCACGUAAUCGUAGAGGAAUUCGCGCAGAUGAACAUUGAAUUCUAUUUCGUCAAUUGUUCCAGUCCUGUUUUCGUAACAAUCAAGAAAUGUGAUUCAUAUAUGUACGGGAUGAUUUCAUUGAGAAUUUUUGCGACUAUACAGGAUGCGGUUACUUAUUUUCAAAACAAAACAAUCUCAAAAUAAUGAAAAAUAGUUUUCUGUACUAUGUAUAUGAGAAAUGUAUGCAUGUAUUUUUCUAAUGUAUUAAUGUGCAUCCGCUUGAUGAAGGGAUGUAAUAGCAUUCACUAGAUACUGUCCUCAUAAAUAUCUUCUCCUCAUAAUGUAUUUUCGUAAGAUACUUAUGUUCGUGAAAUAGUACAAACAUAAGAAUAUUUUUUACUUGUUAAUAUUUUAUAAUGCAUCAUAAAAUAGCAUCGUAUUAUUUAUGGAGACUGCUUUAGAAACGAAGUGAUAUAAAUGUACUUUGCAAUGGA